AUGAAGCAACACAUUCUACUCAUCUAUCUAUCUAUCUAUCUAUCUAUCUAUCUAUCUAUCUAUCUCUCGCUCUCUCUCUUUCUCUAUCUCUAUCUAUCUAUCUAUCUAUCUAUCUAUCUAUCUAUCUCUAUCUUUCCCUAUUACCCUUUUCAAACCAACUCAUUCUCAGAGUUUUACUCUAAACGAUUUCUAUCUGAAUUUCCCUCAUGUUCAAUCUCUCAUUCUUUCUCUCUCUCUCUCCUUUUCAUCGUGCAGUAUCUUGUUUCUUUCCUUCUUUCUUUCUCUCCCUCUUUCCUUUACCCUUUUCAGGCACAUUCUCAGUGGAAACUAUAUUUUUCCUUUUUCUCUCUCUCUACGAAGAGAAACGGUCUGACUCUCUCUUUCUCUCUAUGUAUCUCUCUAUCUAUCUAUCUAUCUAUCUAUCUAUCUAUCGUUCAUCCUCACAUUUUCAUCUCUCUCUUUUCCCUCCCACUGUCUCUUUUCCUUUUUUUCUAUUAUGUUUUUCGCAUUCCCCUUUUUUACUUUAAUUUUUUAAAAUUUCCCGGCAUUUCUCUUUUUCUUUUCUCCAUUUUCUUCACUCUCUCAUUUUUAUCUUUUUAUUAUUUCCCUUUGACCCCUUCUCUCUUUUUCUUCUAUUCUUUCUUUUCGCACUCUUUCUCUCUCUCUCUCCCCCCCUCCUUCCGUUUUCUUACUUUGUUGAUAAUAUCCUUUCUCUCUAUCCUUUCUUUAUUUCUUGAAUUUUUUCCUUGCUCCGCUCUUACUUCUUUGCUAUUUUCCUAUCUUUAUGCUUUUUCUCUUUAUCUUUUAUCUCUCUUUUUCCUUCCUUUUCUUAUUUUUCUUUUCUCUCCCUCUGUUUUCACCUUUUUUCUUAUGUCGCUUUGUUACUCUCUCUCUCUCUCUCUCUCUCUUUUUCUUUUUUUUUUUUCUUCUCACCCUUUUGUUCACUUUUCCCUUCUCUUCCCGUCUUGUUCUCAGCUUUUCUCUUCAUCUUUUAACUCUAUUUUUUUUGGUCUAUUUUUCCGAAACCUGUCUUUUUGUCAAUUUGUAACUUUCAUUACCCCUCUCUUUCUCUUUUCCUAUCAUUCCCCCUUCACCUUUCUCUUUGUCUCUCUGUGUAGGUCUGCCUGUGUGUCUAUAUUUAUCUGCAUCGUUGUUUUGCCUCAGGUCACAGUUUACCUUUUGCUUUUUUUUUUCUCUCUCUCCCGAUUCGGACUUUAUAUCCUACGACUCCUUUCUUCUUGUCCAACAUUCAUAUAUUUCUUCUAUUUUGAUUGUCCUUUCUUCUUGUCCGCCAUUAUUUCCCUACUUACCUGUAUCCUUAUUUUGUCUUAUUCCGCUUUCAUUUUUACUUAUUCGGCUUUCUUUCAUAUCUCCUUACUUUCACCUUUCUUACAUAAUUUCAUUCAUAAUUCCUUUUACUUUUAUUUCUCUUUUUUUUUCUUCCUCUUCAUUUUUUUUCUAUCUCUUUAUUUUUUUUAUUUAUUUUUCUUUCUUGUCAAGUUUCUAACAUUUCUUCUUCUUUUUAGAUUUUUUUUUUCUUUCUUUACUUCUCUUAUUCGUUUCUUUCUUUUUUUAUUUUUCAUUCUUGCCACCUUUUUUGACUACUUUCAUCUCUAA